AUGUUAGCCUCCAAUAAAAGACAUGGCAUGGUGCUUUCGGGCUCGAUGGGCCAGGUGGGGCCUAUUGGACCAUCCAGCUCAACAGUCUCGUUAUCUUCGGGAACAUCAAAUACGGGUGCCAAUUCGAUCAAGUCGCAAAAGAGAAUGAGCAGAUUGUCCACUCGGUCGGGAUCUUUGUCGCUGAAUGAGCUGUUGCAGGAAAAUCGGUCCUUUGAGGUGUACCAAGACAACCGUGGUGAUACCCUUAGUCGUCUUAGAGGAGCUCCGGUCGCAGAAAAGAAAAAAGCCCUGGCAGAAUCCAAAAUAAACAAGAUACCUGAACGCGAGGAGAAGAAAAGUCAUCGUCUCUCCACUUUGUCGCUGGCCAGCAUCUCGUCGGUUUCGACGAGAUCCACAGGAUCCAGUCUCAAGUCCAUCGCACACAAAAUUGCAGGUGCUGUCAAGAGCGAGGACAAAGAACAAAACGAAAACGCAGAAAACGAGGUUGUUCCUGAAUUGGAGCCAGAGGACCAGUCCGCCUCACCAGAACUGAAAAAGAAAUCCUCCUUUUUUAGAUUAAGACAUUCCAUCUCGCUCAGAUCGCUGGCUUCUCGAGAUGAGCCAACUCUGUCGUCUGCUCCUUCAUCUCGCAAACUCAACCUCAACAAUUUGAGAAAAUCCUUCAUUGGAGGCUCUUCCAACAGCUCAAGAGCAUCUGUGGACAUUUCGCUUCCAGUUCCGAACCAAACAUCCAGGGACAAAAUCAAAAACAAACUUAGAAACUCUUCGUCUUUGCUAUCUAUAUCCUCGUUCAUGUCCACAGGAAGCACCCGUGUGGCCUCUGAUAGCAAGGAAGUAUACACUGUCCGUGCCAACGAGCACGAUUCGUUGCAGCAACAGCUGCUGUUGAAACUCUGCAACCAGCAAAGAGUUGUUUCUUUCAACACAUUUAUGCGCAAGAUGCGCUCCAAGGACAAGACUUUGGAAAAACUCGCCGAUGCUUCGUCCAGUGAGGUGUUUUUGGAGAAAGACGCAUAUACUGGAGCUCCAUUGACGGUCUGGAAGAUCUGUUCUUUUGGAGACGAGGACAAUAACCAGCCAACUUUGAAAGAGCUGAUUCAGGAACAGAGCAUUACAAUGGCCAUGUCUACUGUUCCAGGGUACAUCAAAAUGAAGUCUGCAACUGUUGUUCGUGGACCAAUGCCAGCAGAAUUGGUGCAAUUGUGGGACGACUACAACAUGCAACACGGUUGUGAAAGUUCCCGUCCUGACGAGUAUCCGAAGACUCAAUUGCACCUGAUUUUCAGACUCGAGUACGGAGGCUUGGACUUGGAACAUUUUGAGGUGAAGAACUGGACACAGGCCAUGGAUAUUUUUGUUCAAUUGGUGGAGAUCUUGAAGAAAGGUCAAGAGUCUCACGAAUUUGAACAUAGAGACCUGCACUGGGGAAACAUCGUGAUCAAAGAGCGGGACGCUCACGCCAGAUCGAGCAAGUCGCAGUCUGCCGCGGACUCUCUUGCGCAACUGUCUCUUGACGAGUCGAGUUCGGUCGAGGUGAAACUAAUUGAUUACACUCUUUCGAGAGCCAAGAUCGGAUCUCAAACCAUGUUCACUGGACUUGACUCUCCACAGUUUUUCGGAGCUAAAGGCGAUUACCGGUUCGAAGUGUACCGGAUGAUGCGCCAGAUGCUUGCACGGGACAAGGACACCGACGUUGAUUGGUCUGCACAAUGCUCAGGAAUCAAUCUAUUGUGGCUGCACUACGUGGUUGACAAGUUAGUGAACCACAAGAAACUGAAACCAUUAAGAUUGAACCCGUUGACCAGGUCCACAAGCUAUUUGAACAUGAACGACUUGACGCAGGAGGUCGAGAACUACGAGCGAUUGGUUCGCCUACGUAAGUUUUUGGACCCGGCGCGCAAGAAGCGCAAGUUUGUGUCGCUUGAUGGAAUUUUGGAUUGGGUCAAACGUUGA